AUGUCCACUAUGACACUCAAGCCAGACAGCUGUAGCGACACUAAAGAGCGCUUGAGUGCUGAAGACACCGGCCCUGUUCACCGGCUUAUGGAACAUGGGGAUGCAAGCAUUGUCGACUUUGAGGGGCCGGAGGACCCGGAAAACCCCAUGAACUGGAGUCGCUGGAGGAAAGGGCUGACAAUCGUGGCUCUUUGUGGAUUGAGAUUGGUAACCCCGUUCGCGACCUCUAUGAUGGCGCCUGCGAUUUUGGAUAUUAAAAAGGACCUGGGCUUCCAGAGUGAUGCAGCGGGCUCCUUUGCAUUAUCGGCCUACGUUAUUGGCUUCGGAGUAGGCCCUAUUUUUUUGGCACCUAUGUCUGAAAUCUAUGGGCGGAACAUUGUGUACCAUGUAGGAAACCUUCUGUUCACGGGCUUCACUGUGGGCUGUGCGCUGUCACAAAAUAUCCAAACCCUCAUAGCCUGUCGGAUUUUGGCAGGGCUCUGCGGGGGAGCGACCAUAACGAACCCAGGAGGAACAAUUGCAGAUAUGAUUCCUGUUGGACGGCGAGGUGCAGUUCUGAGUCUGCUUGGUGGCGUGGAUGUGAUCGCUCCAGUUCUCGGCCCCAGUGCAGGUGGGUAUAUUGCAUCAGCAAAGGGCUGGCGAUGGAUGUUCUGGGUACUGAGUAUAGUCAGCGGUUCUAUCGGGAUAUUUUGCUUGUUUGUUCUGCGUGAGACGUAUGCCCCUGUUAUUCUUAGCAGAAAAGCAAAACGCCUACGUAAGGCAACCGGGAAUCACAACCUCCGUGCUAAAGGACAGACGACCAAGCCUUUAGGUGUUCUCCUCUCGCGUGCAUUCCUUCGUCCUCUCCAGAUCCUAAUUUUCAGUCCCAUUAUUUUGGGCCUUUCUCUAUACAUGAGUCUCGUGUAUGGCAUCAUCUAUAUUCUAUUCACUACUCUCUCCACUGUCUUUCAGGGCGUUUAUGGCUUCGAUACAGGCAACUCUGGUCUUACAUAUCUCGGGUUUGCGGCCGGAAUGGUCCUUUCCCUCUUGGUAGCAGGGUAUUUCAACGAUAGUAUUCACAAAAGACUCAGUGAGAAGCACCACGAAGAGAAGCCGGAGUUUCGACUUCCGUUCCUUAUUUACGGGGCAGUCGCUCUCCCUAUCGGGAUGUUCCUUUAUGGCUGGUGUGUGCACUAUCGGGUACACUGGAUCCUCCCUGUUAUCGGAACCAGCUUUGCUGGAGUUGGUGUAACGUUUUGUUUUGUUCCAACUCAAGCGUAUGUUAUUGACGCUUUCCCGCUCCACGGAGCUAGUGGGCUCGCUGGCAACAAUCUUCUCCGCAGCAUUAGCGGCGGUACUUUACCACUGGCUGGACCAGCUCUUUACAGCAAGCUAGGCUACGGAUGGGGCAACUCUCUCCUAGCGUUUCUGUCGCUGCUGUUUGGAGGGUUACCAAUCCUGUUCUUCCGGUACGGGGAGAAGUUGAGAAAGCGAUUCCCUGUCAACUUGGGCGAUUAA